AACACAAACCCUAAUAUAGUCUCACUUUCUUUUAUUUCUGCUGAAAAUUACACUUUGCUCAGUUGCUGCCGCACACGACUGUGGUUCUUUCUCUUCAGAAAUCUCUGUUUGGUCUAAGGAAACUCUGAAAGGAUGGGUCGUGUACGCACCAAGACAGUGAAGAAGUCAUCCCGACAGGUAAUUGAGAAGUAUUACUCCAAAAUGACUUUGGAUUUCCACACAAACAAGAAGAUCCUGGAGGAAGUUGCCAUAAUUCCUUCCAAGCGUCUCCGCAACAAGAUUGCUGGUUUCUCCACCCAUCUCAUGAAACGUAUUCAGAAGGGACCUGUUCGAGGUAUCUCCCUGAAACUGCAGGAGGAAGAGCGUGAGAGACGUAUGGACUUUGUUCCUGAUGAGUCUGCCAUCAAAACUGAUCUCAUUGAAGUUGACAAGGAGACCCUUGACAUGCUUACAGCCCUCGGCAUGUCUGAUCUUCCUGGUGUUGUCAAGCAAGCUGCUGAGCCACAGGCAGUAGCAGCUCUUCCAACAUAUGGUCGCGGCGCAGGAGGUUUUGGGAGGAAAUACUAAUAAGAGUAUUUUCAAAGAUUUGAUGGACAAUUGAAGAGGUUUUUGGUAGAUUAAAUGUGUUGUUAGGUUUCCUUGAUGUUCUUUGAGUAUCCUUAGAAGCUUAUAAUUCCGUUGUUGAGACAUAAUGCUAUAACAGUCCUUUUACUCCUGAACUGCAUGUGAUAGAUUUCCUCAAUUACAUACAUUUUGCUGCAGGAGAAUGUGAUUGCUACCUUAUCCUUAGAUUUUGAUUUCAUUGUUGUUGCUGUGUGUGCCUAAUGUUCUAGAGUUCAUUUGUUUCUCAA